CGGGCAGGGGGAGGCCCGCCCACGCAGGGGCGUGCCCGUGCCGGAGGGGGCGGGCUUGGGUGCGGGGGCCCGGGGCGUGGAGGCCGCCUCCGAGGGGGCGGGGUCUGGCGGGCCGCAGCGCGGGGCCGAGUGGGCAGCGGGGAUGCGGGGCACGAGCUGCGUGGGCGGCGGCGGGGAGAGCCCGGGGAGCGCCGGGCUGAGCGAGGGGCCGCGCGGCCGCUGGCUGCGCCUGGCCCCGGUCUGCGCCUACUUUCUCUGCGUCUCUUUGGCCGCCGUGCUGCUCGCCGUCUACUACGGGCUCAUCUGGGUGCCCACGAGGCCCCCCGCGGGCCCCGCCGGCCCGCAGCCUAGCGCUCCCCCGCCUCCGUGCGCCGCCCGCCCGGGCGCGCCGCCCGCCCCGGCGCCUGCCGCCGCCGCCUCGGUCUCCUGCGUCCUGGGAGCCCCCGGUGGGCCGCGACCCCAGCUCGAGCUCCCGCGCAGCCGCCGCCGCCGCCUGAUGCCCGGGGCGACGCCGGAGGCCGCGGCGGGCUGAGGACGCGGGCCCCCUCCAUGCAACCGGAGCUGGUCGCCGGCGCCCCCAUCGCGCUGCGCCCGGACUCCCCUUCGUGACGUCGCUUAGCGUCCCUGGAGCCGGCACCAUGGAGUACAGGAGGCGACGAGGGGCCGGCCCGGGGUCUCGCCUGUCGCAGCGUCUCCAACGCAGGCGGGUCCUCCACCGUCUGGCCGCCCCCGUCCCGGUCUGCGCCUCCUGAGCCUCCCGCUGGAGCAUCGAGCCCGCCACCCUCCCUCCCGAAUCUCCAUGUCUAUCCGUCCCCCUGCAGUAAACUCCAGCUCCAACACC